AUGACAGAUAACACCAACGACCAUACAUUAGCGGUAGAAACCAUUGACUUAACGUAUAAGUUCCCUUCAAACAAUAGAAUAGGAUUACAGGAUAUUAACCUUCAAAUUCCAUGGGGAUCAACUAAUUUACUCCUCGGACAAAAUGGUGCUGGGAAAUCGACUUUAUUAAAAAUCUUAGCAGGUAAGACUUUAAUUAAACAAGGAGGACUAAAACUAGGAGGAUUCGACCCAUUUGAUUUUUCGAAGGAAAGAAACGAAAAGCAGAAUUCUGAUGUCAAUAAUUUAAUUACUUAUCUAGGGACCGAAUGGGCAGCCAAUCCUGUUGUUAAAAGAGACAUCCCUGUGAACUUAUUGGUAUCUUCAAUUGGAGGAGGAACUUAUUCCGAAAGAAGAGACGAAUUGAUUAGAAUUAUGGAUAUUGAUCCUGAAUGGUCAAUGGCAUACAUUUCUGAUGGUGAGAGAAGAAGGGUUCAAUUAGUGAUGGGUUUAUUAAAACCAUGGAGGUUAUUAUUAUUAGAUGAAGUUACAGUCGACUUAGAUGUGGUAGUUAGACAAGAUUUGCUUAGUUUCUUGAAGAAAGAAUGCAGACUUCGUAAUUGCUGUGUAAUCUAUGCUACACAUAUUUUUGAUGGAUUAGGCAAAAACUGGUGUGAUAGAAUUAUUCAUUUAAAUGAGGGAAUGAAGGUGGACGAUAUAAAUAUGAAUGAUAUAGAGUUCGUAUCCAAAAAGGAGAAUCUGCAGAGGGCCAAUGACAAAACUAUACAAGUAGAAUUAGCAGAAUCAUUACACCCUUUGGCAUUAAAUUGGUUGAGAGAAGACUUGAGAGAAAGAGGAUCGAGAGAAGAAGAGAAGACGAAAAUGGCCAAAAGGCAGGAUGAUUGGAAUAAUGCAAGAGAAGAGAAUUAUUUUGAUGGGAAUGAAUCAAAACUCAAGGAUUACUUUAAGGCAACUAGAAGUGCUAAAUAA